AUCAGCCUUGGACUGUGUGCGACGGCGGAGGACGCGGAACUUUCCGACUGCGUCGCGAGAGGACGCCUCCUCGUCGCUUAUUUUAGCCGGUUUGGUAAGGAUUGAUUCGGGACCGAGUCAGCUGAGGAAGGAGAGAGAACAACUCGUGCGUUGUUAUUUACGCUGUUCUGACGGUGGGAUCCAUCGCGGCGGCCCUUUUCGACGCGUCGUCGUUGUUUUUAUCAUUUUUUUUCCAUUUUUUUCCGUUGCAGUGUUCCGAAAAAACCGCCAAAAUUCCGCGCUCAACGUAUUACUUCAGUGACAGUGACAGUGAGAUGAGUUACAAGGACCGGGGUUCACCGAUCCUGCUGGAGAGCGGACUCAAGUCCUUCCUGGGACAUCCCGGACACAACUACCCCCUUCUAAACGAUACCUACUACAUACGAAAAGUUUCGAGCAGACCGUCUGGUCUACUAGUUCGGUCCAUUUUGAAAUUUAGCGUUUACCGCAUACACAAAGCUCUCUCAAAGAGCAUUUUUCACGUCCAGAACCGUACUCGAGUGAUAUUUAAAAUUGCGGGUUCAGUGUGGCCUCGGGACAAUUAUGGAUACAUUUCCAUGAGCACGUCGGACAGUGGCUGUUGCCAACAGGUGCGAGUGCCUCUAUCAGCACCCUACGAGCACCCGUCUACAGACAACGUCCCUGUGAACAGGAACUGGUCCCAAGACCAAACCUGGUUACCAAACUAUUUCAAUCAGCAGAAUGGUAUGCCGCACAAAACGUGCAUACAUCAACCAGGAAACAGUAAACCAACACAUCCACACGGUCAUGGUCAUUCGGCGAUCAAAGACUUAGCAAGUAGUAUAUUAGGGAAUGACGACAAAAAAGACGAUGGUGAGCUUUGGAACAACGUUGAUGCCCAAACUGCCUUCCUUGGGCCCAAUCUCUGGGACAAAUCAUACGAGUCGGAUCUUAAGUAUGUGGACUUGGACGAGUUCUUGUCGGAAAAUGGUGUCUCAAUGGACGGUCUAGGUUCUCAUGGGUCAGCAUCCCUUAGCAGUGGACACGGAGUCACAAAAAGGGAGCGAUCGCCCAGUCCUAGCGACUGCAUGAGUCCAGACACCAUCAACCCUCCUUCACCCGCUGACUCGAUUUCAUCCGCAUCUUUUUACGUAGCGCUAUCAAUGGCGUCGAGUUGUCGCGAUUUCGACCCACGGACUAGAGUGUUUUCAGACGAAGAGCUCAAACCGCAGCCGCUGAUCAAGAAGUCACGCAAGCAGUUCGUACCCGACGACCUCAAGGACGAUAAGUACUGGGCGCGCCGGAGGAAGAACAACCUCGCCGCGAAACGGUCGAGGGACGCCCGCCGAAUGAAAGAGAACCAGAUCGCCCUACGAGCGGGAUAUUUGGAAAAAGAAAACGUGAGCUUGCGAAAUGAACUCGAAAGAUUGAAAAAAGAAAACUUGAUGCUACAGAAUAAAUUGGCCAAGUACGAGGACGUAUAAUGCCGCCGUCGGAGCUGGUCUCUUCGUCGCCACUCACCCACCACCCACCCCCACCGCAAAAACACCGCCAACACCACGACGCCUCAUCAUAAAAACUCAUUCGCGAAUUUGUCAUUUGCGCGGGAAUUUACCAAAACAUUUUGUAUAUAUUGACACCUACUGUGUAGCGAUCACCGAGUAGUAUUAAGUUCAUUGUUUGUAUAGAGAGAAUAAAAGAAUUCAUCAUUUUGUCGUUUCGAAUUAGGAAAGCAAAAGAAAAAUCGCGGGGAGGCGUGGACGGAACUCGCACGCUUCCCUCUUUCUUUUUUUUUUUUAUAGGUAAUAUUUUAUAAUAAAUCUCGUUUGGUGUACCGUCAGUUGUUGGCUGAAACGAUCGGAGUAUCGCUGGGUGGGUAACACCCUGUUAUAGGUAGCGUAGAAUGACAUGAACCUUUAGCAUGCGUAUUGUACAUUCGGAAUACAUCGACACGGUUGUUAUUCUAUACAACCUGAGAUAGAGACUAAGGUCCACUGCAAAAAGUGACAGUAAGACAUGGAAACGUAUAAAUCAAUGAAUGGACGGAAUUUUCGGUACUACGCAACUCAAGGCCGCGGGACAUGUCAUUUUAAAUUACCUCUACCAAAACGUGACGGUAUGAGCCUACAUGCGACGGCCAAAUAUUUAUUGCAACUUUUUCAACAAUCCUCGUAUACGUUUGUUACCAUUAGCUGUUACAUACCUGCAUAUAUACAAAUAAAAAUCACACGCAAUUCUGGGUACUUGUCAUGUCUAGAAAAAUGGGAUAAAAUAAUAUAAAUAAUAAACCAUUCGUUUAAUAAAAAAUUAAAAGAAUUAAGAGAAAUUUAGAAUUACGUUUUUAUGUACACGUAAUGUGAAUGUGCUGAGAGAACAUAAAUUGUUUUGUAACUGUUAUUAUUCGAAUUAAUACUUUAAUUUACUUUAAUAAAAUUGUACACUCCGGAGUGAAUACAAAUAAUUAAGUUUUGCUAUUCGUGUAUCUUCUCUUAUAUGAGCAAUAAAUUAUAAUAAUAAUUAUAGAAGAGAGAAAAAAACUUAAAAUUAUUUUAGUAAUUGUUUUUCUUACAAGUUCUAGUAUUUUGCACAGUUCAACGUGCUAAUCAGGAGCAUACAUACUUUGGGCGCAGAAAUCAUCCCCACACAUAGUUUUCAAGGUUUAAAAAAGUAAGUAAAACAUCCAAAAACCCAACACAUACGUAAUCAAAAGAACCAAAAAUUAGGACUUGAGGAUUUUUGAUUUGAUUCACAUUGCUGUAAACAAAAGAAAUAGGACAGUUUCAACUGUAACUUUAUAAUGCUAAGCAGUGAAAUUAAAGGUAGUUCGGAAAGUUAGGUUAUGUGACAGUAGGAAAAAACAACAAGAACGUUGUAUUCAUUCUUCCAUAUUUUUUGUUGAUUUAUUUAUGUAUGGGUUAGGUUAGGUUUGGUUUGGUUGUUUUUCUUACUUUUUUUACUGCAUAAUAAGCUAGAAAUUCUGAAGUGUGGCUCGUCCGAUAAACAAUUACUAUUAUUUUUAUCCCAUUUCGCUCGCUGCAAUGUUUGGUGCGAUGAAACCAUUUUUUUAAGUUAGAUAUUUGUACAUAUACAUAUUUGUCGUUAAUUAUUCAAGAUGCAUAUUUUAAUUUUUUCACAAGUUACCUUAAAUAUUCUGCCUUCGUAAAAAUAAAUAGAAGAAAAAAAAACAAUGGUCCCCCGCAUGAUGGCAGCUGUUAAUGAUUACCGCAGUAGUCUAAAUAAUUGUUGUUGAUUGUUUUUAUGUUUAUAUAUAGUCUAUUUUUUGGUUGAAGCUAAAAGAAAUAGUGGUAUUAAUAAUACUAUGCAGUAAAGAUGAAAUAGAGAGAAAAAAAUGAAACGAAUAUUAAUUAAUGAGAGUAGUUGACAAAAUGCUCGCAAGUUCAACUUUUUUAGCUGUUAAGGAAAAGUACGUAGUUUCUAGUUCAGUUGAGAACAAGGACUUCCGGUCCUUGUUUUAUCUCUUUGAUUUGAAAUAAUGCUCUCAUCGAUAUUUAUGAACUCUAUGUGUCGACUAGCACCAGUAAAAUAUCGUCAACUUUCCAAAAUGAAUCGAAUAUAAAUUUAUAUAAGUACAUAAAUAUAAAAUACGUACCAUCGCGUCGCAACAAGUUUUAUAUAAUAUGACGUUGUUAAGAUUUGUACAGCCAGUUCAAAAUCUCAUGCGCCUUCACAAGCGCGAGAGGUGGACAUUACGAAAACAUUGACUCAGCCGUCAACUUGUGUCAUUUUUUUAACACGCGCAGCUCUACGUUUGGUUCAUGAGAUUCUGAACUAUCUCUAACGCAUAUUUUUAUAACUGUGACAUAUUCGAUAAUAUUACACGUAAACGCGUUGCGUGAUGAAAAACAUCUCGAAAACGUCUAUGUUUUCAUUAAGUAGUAAAUAAUAGAUUGUAACGCGGCCCCAAAGUUAACACGCACUGCAUUUUUUAUAUGUAUAAGGACCGACAACUCAUACCUAAAUAAGUAACAUCAUUUAUAAUAACUACAGUACAUUUGUUUUGUACUUAGUAUACUCAGCAUGUAAUACAUUUUGUGUUAUUGUUAACAAUUCGGAUUUGUGUCCACUAGAUUACAUUUCAUUAUGAUAUAUUAACAUAUAUAUAUAUAUAAGGGCGCUUUCAGACUACAUAACAAAUCAAAAUCAGAACGCGAAUUUACGAAAUAGAACUAGGCAACUUUACUUUUACAAUCAUAAUAAAAUAAUACAAUAUAUGAUUGAUUUGAAGACUUAUCCAAUUGUGUUUCAUGUUUUUUUAGUGCACGCGUUGCUCAAUUUAAAUUUUCUACCGUACAACAGUUUUGAAAUGCAUUUAUUAGUAAAAGGUAAGAAAAAUACUGGAAUGUUUACAGAAAGUAUUUUUUGUUUCUAUAAUAAAAAAAAUAAAAUUUUCUGUCAUUCUACAGGCGUAACAUGCUAAAAGUCCACCAAUAAUAAAGAAAAUAAUAUAGAAAAAUCGCUCUAACGGAAAUUUGUUCUUAGAGGCUUUUUCGUUGUUAAAAUAUCUUUAUUAGUGUCACCGCUGUAGAUCAAAAAUAAAACAAGCUAACUGUAUCUUACGCAUUAUAAAUUUAACGUAUUGUACAUUUCCAUUUUAUUUCUCCUUAGUCUGGAAGAGUCUUUAAUAAAUUCCCUAGCGAAAAAUUGUAAUAUUCCGAAGUAUACGGACAUUUUGCAGUAUCUUUGUGUAAUUAGAUAAUAAAUUAACGAAUACAUGUAGAUACUACAUGUAUAAAUACGUAUAUCAUUGAUUAAAAAUAGAUCUUAGGUAGGUACAAUACGUGUAUUUUUUGCAUUACGGAUAUGACAACAAGAAAUUGUACAAAAAAUUUCUAAGGGGUGUGUUCUUUUGUUAAUUUUGCAUGAUCGAAACAUUUCAGUUUCCUCUAAUCUGUAAGCGAUUUGAAGCAACGACGAUAAAACAUAAAAAAAAGAACGAGAUAAAUAUUAUAACCGCCUUUUAGGCAUGCCUUAUCUAUGUUGAAAGUUAUAUUGCUAUAUGUAUUUUGUAUGCAUUUUUUAUAAAACGUUUAAAUUUGACUUUAAAUAAAUAUGUACUACUAAAGCAAGAGGAAAAAAACGAUAACAACAACGCCAGUACAGAGGCAUAGAUAUUUUAUAGUUGUUGUAAAUGUUAUAAAGAAUUGUUGUUUUACGACACAAAGGUGUUUUACGCUUAAUAAGAGACACGUACCUAAUAGUUUAAUAACAAGAAAGAUAAGAAAUAAAAGAAGAUGGUAUACCUAUACCGUACCUAUACCAAUAAUAAACACUACAAAACGGCCUCUCGAUGUUAUUGAACGUGAAAUAAUCGCAUCAUAUUACCUACAUAUUUUCGAGAUCAUUAUUAUAUUGCUGCGUGUUGUCACUGGUGUUAAGAAAUAAUGUAGUUUAUUAUUUUGUUGAUAGAAGACGUAGGGUAAAAGUUGUAUCUGCCGCUGUGAGCAUUAAACAUAUUGGAGAUAAAAA